AUGAUUCACCGAGGCGUUGGUCGUAUUUGGCAUUCGAAGCGUAAACAAGUGGCCGUUGGGACACUGCAACGUACCGCGAGCGGUGGAAUUGACAAGACAGCGGAUCCGACACGCAGGGCACUCGACAAUCACGUUGUUGGGCUGGCCUUGCGCAGCCAGUCGUGCUCGCUCCGCUGCCGUCGGGGUAUGUGCCAACGAGUGACCGCAACUGUCGCAGAAUUGCCCGCCCGUGCCGCGCUUGCCGCAGUUUGUGCAGCACGGAUGCGCCUUGGCAAGUCCGGAUGUCGGUUCCGGCCAUUGCGUUUGUGUUUUGCGGCAGAUAGGGCACUUGGUCGAGUUGGCCUCGUCGUGGUUGACAUUCUCAAGCAAGCAUGUGAAGUGAAACUUGUGGCCACAUUCUCCUGUGAAGACAGACGCCCCCAGCGGCGUGAACUCGUCCAGACAAAUUGGACACUCGUCCUGCUCCGACAGACACACCGUCACCUUGUGUUCCAGGGCUGGGUUCGUCACUUUCGCCUUCAAUGCAGCAAGCGUCUGUCUCGGUGCUGCGAUUUCGAGCACAUUCAGGUCGCUGUACGAGCGCUGCAGCGGUCGCGUCGUCGCGGUUGCCAUCCUGCUCUUCCACGACAAUUCAAGUAG